GUUAAUGUGGGGCAUACAGAAUCGUAUGAGACAAUUGGUGCCUAGAGAAAAGGCGUAUCUGCAUGAAUCUCAACUGCUCCCAAUGAGUCAAGGACUACAAAAUGUCUUGAGUCGUUAUGAUUUUAAUUACUUCAACCCAGACAUGGUGAGCUAACUAGUUCACAUGCUUUCCUUUUCCUUUAUAGGGCCAUGACAUUUAGCGUGACACUGUAUGAUAGUUUCUGCGUUGUACAUUUGGAGUCCUUCAUUUUCACACCAUAUCCUUUCCAUAUUUGCUUUAGUGAUGAAGCAAUUCUCUUUCUAUCCAGCUCAACGAGAGAAUUCUUAUUAUGGCUUAUGCCUUGUUUGAGUGUGACUCAUUUGAGAACGAGAAGUCUGGAGACUUGCACCAUGCAGCUUCUGUCAUUAAAGAUGUGUCUGGCAUCGACACUGAUGCUUGGGACUUACUAAAAAUUGCAACAGCUGUGAAGAGGAUAUGGUGCCCUAAAGAAGCUAGCAAUUCUUGUGAGUUUUCAGAACACGAGGUAAAGAGGUUGGUCAAUGAUGCCGAUAAAUAUGAAGUUAAGCUGGAUAAGGAUGCUUGCUUGAAAGUCUCCAGACAAAUGAUAACAGUUUUUCAUUUUAGGAAUGAUAAGAAAAUACUAUUGAAAAAAUAUAUUGCGCAAGCUCUGGACGCAUAUGAAGCUGAAUAAACGGAACUGCCAGAGAAGCACAAGCCCAUAGCUUGAUGAACGUGGUGCAGCUAUGUAAUUUGUUCUCUCCAAGAAGUACAUACUAAGCUUGGUUGACUUUAUUAUGUAUCUUUCGCAAGCUACUCUUAUCUGGCAUGCUCAAUAGUACUUUUCCCAGGAUUGUAUUGCUUGGCUAUUAACAAUACCGAAGGGCA